AUGAAUGAAAACACAACUCCGAGGGGAAAUUUCUUGUAUGCUUCACAACUUCUUGCACCCAAUUCCUCGCCUUAUGGAAGGACUAGUAGUGGCUCUAACGUGAGCAACCAGCAGACCCAGAUGCCUUUAAGCCCUUUCCAUCUUCAAUCAAGUGAGUGUUUCCAAUCCGAUGCACACCCUAUAGUGAAAACUGAAGCUAGCACUUCACAUCAUGCUCAAAAAUUUCACUACCCUCUUUUGAGAGGGCACCAAGCAAUUAAUCAGCAACAACAAGGAUGUGAAAGCUCUGGUGAAGUUGAAGCUAUCAAAGCCAAGAUCAUAGCCCAUCCUCAGUACUCUAACCUUUUGGAAGCUUACAUGGACUGCCAAAAGGUAGGAGCUUCGCCUGAAGUAGUAGCUCGGCUUGCGGCUGCUCGUCAAGAGUUUGAGUCAAGACAACGAUCUUUUGUCACUUCAAGGGACAAUUCGAAAGACCCAGAACUAGAUCAGUUCAUGGUAGCUUAUUACGACAUGCUGGUUAAGUACCGCGAGGAACUUACAAGACCUAUACAAGAAGCCAUGGAUUUCAUGCGAAGAAUCGAAACUCAGCUUAAUAUGAUCUCCAAUGGUCCCUUGAGAAUCUUCAAUUCUGGUACUUCCUCUCUCUACUACCUAUACAUAUUUUGCAAUUCAUUGGUGGUUUCUACUCUCGCGUUGCUCAAACAUGUUAUGUCUAAGGAGGUCAAGCUGGAUGUUAUUGAUUGUGGAUUGGCUAGUGUUGAAGCUUAUCGAAAUGACAAGUCUGAAGGUGUUGGCUCGUCAGAAGAGGAUCAAGACAACAGUGGAGGAGAAACUGAACUACCAGAGAUAGAUCCCCGUGCUGAAGACCGAGAGCUAAAGAACCACCUAUUGAGGAAGUAUAGUGGCUAUUUAAGCAGUCUCAAGCAAGAACUUUCUAAGAAGAAGAAGAAAGGGAAGCUGCCAAAAGAAGCCAGACAGAAGUUACUCAGUUGGUGGGAGCUGCACUACAAAUGGCCGUAUCCUUCGGAGACGGAGAAGGUGGCAUUGGCUGAAUCAACAGGUUUGGACCAGAAACAAAUAAAUAAUUGGUUCAUUAAUCAAAGGAAGCGACACUGGAAACCAUCGGAAGAUAUGCAAUUCAUGGUGAUGGAUGGCCUACAUCCACAGAAUGCAGCUCUCUAUAUGGAUGGUCACUACAUGGGUGAUGGUCAUUAUCGUCUGGGGCCGUAA